ACAGGAAGAAGCUGAUGAGCAGAUUGCCUCUUUCGAAGCCGAGGAGGACCGGUUUGACCCUCCGUCAAGUAUCAACAGCGGAAGGGGCUUGUUGGGAAGACCACGAGCCCAAAAACCCCCCGCACCCCCUCCCGUGAGGUAUUGUAAGGAUGGUAAUGGGAAAAAUGUCCAAAGAGCAAUGUGCCAUUCGGCACAUUGCUCAGGAAACAAACUGAGCUGUAGCCUAUUAAAGAGGUCAUGUUCCGACAGAGCAGGAAAGCGGUACUUUGAACGUAUGUGCCGAGAUAUCAACGGAGGCGGAAAAAGGAGAUGCCUCUUUGGAGUAUGCGGAAUCCUCGAUUCAGUUGGCGACUUCAUCUCCGACGUUGGACAGAAAAUUGCAAGUUCAGGCACUGUCAAGAACACCGCCUCUCUCGAAGUGGUCGGAGAAGUGCGAUACGAUUUUGACACGCAAAGUUUGGGCGCGUCCGCGUCCAUCACCGGCGAGGUCUGCAUUCUCAGCAUCUGCGCUGGCUUUGAUGAGUCAAUUCCGUAAAAAGAUUGAGCCCCAAGACUUGAGCGCCACGCGACGACGUCUUCAAUCAUGUUCACGAGUGUUUCACUUCAAUCUCCAAGUUGACGCUCCCACCCGCGACAGUCGGUUUUCCCCCGACAAAAAUCAAGUUUCAUCGUCGGGUUUUUGCCCACAUUGGUUUCCCUACGAAUCAUUUUAAUAAAAGAGCAAAGCACCAUCCGCUC